AUGGCUCGGCGAAUCACUGGUGUCAUUGCCGCCGCCGGCUUCAUGCUCCUCCUCGGUGCCAGCAGCUGCUUCUUCCUGCUGGCAUCCGCAGACAGGGACGGCGGGGCCAUGCGGUACAACGCCAUGUUCAACUUCGGCGACUCGCUGUCGGACACGGGCAACCUCUGCGUGAACAAGUCGGCGGCGGAGGAGCUCCUGCUCACCUUCGCCAACCCGCCCUACGGCAUGACCUACUUCGGCCACCCCACCUGCCGCUGCUCCGACGGCCGCCUCGUCGUCGACUUCCUCGCGCAGUCGCUGGGCCUCCCUUUUCUUCCCCCGUCCAAGCUCCCCGGCGCCGACUUCCGGAAGGGCGCCAACAUGGCCAUCGUGGGCGCCACGGCGCUGGACUUCGAGUUCCUCAAGUCCAUCGGCCUCGGCUACCCGAUCUGGAACAACGGUGCCAUCAACGUGCAGCUCCAGUGGUUCCGCGACCUCCUCCCCCGCAUCUGCGGGACGCCGCAGAGCUGCAGGCCCUACCUCGCCAGGUCCCUCUUCCUCCUCGGCUCCAUCGGCGGCAACGACUACAACGCCAUGCUCUUCUUCGGCUUCAACGUCAGCCGCGCCAAGAGCUACGCCCCCAACGUCGUCGACAAUAUCGCCACCGCCCUCGAGAGGCUGAUCGAGCUGGGCGCGGUGGACAUCGUGGUGCCGGGGACGCUGCCCAUCGGGUGCGUCGCGCUCUACCUCGCGGUGCUGCCGAGCCGCCACAAGUCGGACUACGACGAGCACGGCUGCCUCAAGCCGCUCAACGACCUCGUCAUGUACCACAACUCGCUGCUCCAGGACAGGCUCAACCGCGCCCGCGCCAGGCACGGGCCGGCGGCGAGGAUCAUGUACGCGGACUACUACGCCUACGCCAUGGACAUGCUCCGCGACCCGGCGCGCUUCGGCUUCACCGCGGCCGUCGCCGCGUGCUGCGGCGCGGGCGGCGGCCCGUACAACUUCCAGUUGGACGCGCGGUGCGGGAUGAAGGGCGCGACCGCGUGUGGCGACCCGUGGAGGCACGAGUCGUGGGACGGCGUGCACCCGACGGAGGCGGUGAACAGGCUCGUCGCCGACGGGUGGCUCAGGGGACCAUCCUGCCACCCUCCCAUCCUGCAGUAA